CCGGUGGGGUGUAGAUCUGUGAAUAUGACCUCCUUGGCCACCAUGGACAGCGCUGGGUCGCUUCAGUAUCAGCCCACUCAGCUCCUCAUGAACUGGGGGGUCUACCUUACCCUCGCGGACGGCCAGGGAGGGGUACAAGGGGGACAGUCCCUCUACAGUGACCCGUGGUCCAGUCCUGUCUCCACGGUCAACUCCGUCAAUACCGUAACCUCUUUGUUAAAAAAUGGACAGAACAUUUACGGUCCGGACGGGUGGUCCCCGGUGUCGUUGAAUGGACUAAAUGCUAAUGCCUUCCAGGGUACGUUGUCCCAGCAAGUAUCAACUUCACCUUACGGAAGCAUCAAUGAUCUGGUGGACCACUUCAGUGACCUGUCACUAUCCCUGGACAGAAAGCCCAGCAAACGCCCUCCCAGCACUUACCUCUGUCAUCUGUGCUUCACCAAGGGCCAUUACAUUAAAGACUGUCCACAGGCUCGGCCCAAGGGGGAGGGACUCACACCCUACCAAGGAAAGAAGAGAUGUUUCGGGGAAUACAAAUGUCCCAAAUGUAAACGAAAGUGGAUGAGCGGAAACAGCUGGGCCAACAUGGGUCAGGAAUGCAUCAAGUGUCAUAUCAAUGUCUACCCUCACAAACAGAGGCCUCUUGAAAAACCGGAUGGCUUAGAUGUGUCGGAUCAGAGCAAGGUGCACCCACAGCACCUCUGUGAAAAAUGUAAGGUACUUGGAUAUUACUGUAGGAGGAUGAACUAGGUCAAGGACAGACGGCAAGAACAAUGGUCAAGGACAUACACCAAAAGUUAUGGAGAGGAAGACAUCAAAUGUUUUCUUUAAAUUUCAUUGCUGAAAGCAAUAUAGGAAUAUGAAAAUACUCACAAUAAUAAUGUUUAUUCUAUAUUUUAUAUGUACAAAGUACAUAUUAAAAUCAGAUACAAGAUAUGUGGCAUGGUGAAUUAGAUUUUUGAUGAAGUGCCAUUAAAUUACAAAUCUAGUGCUUAUUAAAAUGUGGUGUAUGUAGGUACUUAAUACAAGGGAUGUGUAGAUCCAAAUAAAGACAAAAUUUCAAUGGCAUGGAAAGUUGGCCAGUUAAGGAAAAAUCAAGAAUACAAGAAUACAGAAGGGGUUUUGGUACCAACUAUGUUGUUCAUGUUGAGUUUGGACUUUACCAAUAGGAGUUUUGUUCUGACUUCAUCAUCAAUGAAUUUAAUCAUUGAAAAAGUGAGAGGUGAGGUCCUUAAGAUAUCUGACCAUGGUUUCUUGCAAGUUUUCUUUCGAUUUAUUAUGGUGUCAAGGAACCUAAUGCUCGUGAUUGAAGAGGGAAUGCUUCAUGACAUGAAGUGUUUGAAAGCCCAGAUUUACUUUAACAAACUUACCUUUGUAGUGGUGAAGAUAACAUAAUGUUUUAUAGAGAGACCAACACUUCCACACCACAAGGAAGGCAGACACUUGUUGGAAAGUUAGCAGUAUUCCCUAAUGUAGUAAAGAAUUAGUUAGACAAGAGGCUAGUCAGAGCAUUUUCAGAUUCCAUUUUGGACUAGAAUCAAAUGCUUUCACUUUGUCAUAAAAAACAAAAGUUGGUUAUAGAUUUUUUUCUUUUUCAUUUCUGUUCUUCUUAUAAAGCCAUUAUUUCUUGGGUAACAAUUGUUGGGCUCCAGAAUGGAAUGUUCCAGUAUCCCAAGCAAUAAUGUUAUCUGUUUAUAUGGUGGAUAGUUUUACUAGCUUUAGUCACUAAGUCAGUAGUAUGACCAGUCCUCAUGACCAGGCCAACAGUAUGGCUUGUCCUAGUCACCAGACUAUCUAGUAACCAGGCAAAAGGUAUGGCUUGUCCUGGUUACCAGGCAAACAAUAUGACUAAUCUUAUGGUUAGUCCCUAGUCGUCAGGCUAACAGUAUGGCCACACCUAGUCACAAGACCUACAGUAUGACUGGUCCUAAUUAUAACUCCAAAUUUACGGUUAAUUCCAGGUCACCUGAUGCAGUUUUACUGCCCCUAGUCACAAGGCCAAAAGUAUGGUGUGUCCUAGUGGCCAGUUCAACAGUAUUACUGAUUCUAGUCAUCAGACCCUCAUUAUUGUAGAUCCCAGUCACAAGCCAACUGUAUGGCUGGUUCUAGUCACAAGCCAACUGUAUGGCUGGUUCUAGUCACAAGCCAACUAUAUGGCUGGUUCUCGUCACAAGCCAACUGUAUGGCUGGUUCUAGUCACAAGCCAACUGUAUGGCUGGUUCUAGUCACAAGCCAACGGUAUGGCUGGUUCUAGUCACAAGCCAACGGUAUGGCUGGUUCUAGUCACAAGCCAACUAUAUGGCUGGUUCUCAUCACAAGCCAACUGUAUGGCUGGUUCUAGUCACCAGCCAAUAGUAUGGCUGGUUCUAGUCACAAGCCAACUGUAUGGCUGGUUCUAGUCACAAGCAAACGGUAUGGCUGGUUCUAGUCACAAGCCAACUGUAUGGCUGGUUCUAGUCACCAGCCAAUAGUAUGGCUGGUUCUAGUCACCAGCCAAUAGUAUGGUUGGUUCUAGUCAUCAGACCAAUAGUAUGCCUGUACCUACUUUCCACUGUUCCAGUGGAUAGGUUCAUCCUCUCCUGUCCAAUAACUGUACUGAUGUAUAUUCCAACCCCUCCUAGUGUCCAGUGUCAGUACUGAUUUAUAACACCCAUAUCCCCUAUGACUGUCCAAUAUCUGCUGGAGGUAUAGGUCUCCCCCUCUACUGCUGAAUAUUUUUAUCUCCUCCAUUCAGCUGUAGGUCUCUACAUACAUACUGUAUUGUUGACUGUGUUAGAAUCUACAGGAGGAUAGAUAGAAUAGUGGAAAGGACCGAGAUUUAGUCCUUGUCAGGUUUUAUAAUAUUCCAGAUGUGAGUAAGUGGGAAAAUGUCUUUACUCGUCAGGCCUUGAACACUAUGCCCUUGUACUAGGUUUGUUGUAAUAUGCAUAUUCUUAGUAUGGCUGCUAUUCCAAUUUGUACUGUGAACAAUGAAAACUUUCACCAAGAUAUGGUAAAGUUGAUAUGUAAAUUUCUGCUUCACAAGAGAAUCUAAUUCAAGGUUAUUGAUUUAUAAGACUUUUUUAUUAUUAUUUACACUAAGAUUUUUGAGAUUUUAUAUUGAUAUUUAUUUGUAUAUGAUGGGAAGAUAAAAAGUGAUUAUACUAGGAUUAAUUAUGAUAAUUAUCUAUUCUAUUCCUACCGAUUGAUUACAGGUGUAGCAUUGGUAAUAUUUUAACUUGGUUGAGUGGUACUAGUAAUCUGCAACACAAGAUUACAUCAAAAAGUUAUUAAUGGACACACAGAUUUCACAUAUCUUAUACAGCUUCUGUAGCAUUCCUGUUUAUUUUGAAAUUGAUAAACAAAAAUGGAAUGUUAAAACAGUGUUGUCAAGUUUUGGGAGCCUCUUCAGUAGUUACAUAAUACACAAUAUGUACACAAGUUUUGGAAUUUUACACAAAAAGUUGAUAUCUUAUGACAUUAUUAUUUUGGUUAUACCCCCACAACGAAGUUGGUGGUAUACUUGAAUCGCACGUCUGGAUGUCUGUUUUCCACAAAACUCCUCUUAAACUUGUGGACUGAUCUCAUUGAAACUACACAGGAAUGUUAUAGACAAUGUGUGGAUGUGCAUGAAGUUUUUUUAUUUUUUUUUUUUCAUCAGAUCUUUUGGUUGUCUUGGUGACCAGGUCACUAUACACAGGUUCUUUUGUAAUGGUCCAUAGCUCAUCAGUCCUUAGAUAUUUAUUUUAUGAAACUUGGUCAAUUGGUGUAACUUGUCAAAGUUUAUAAUUGGACACAACAAGUGUUUCCAGAAUCAUUACUGUAGAAACAUAAUGGAAGCUUCCUUGAAAUUGAAAUGUAGGUAUUUUUUGAUUACCCUGAAAAUUGAUAUAAAAGGGUUUGGAAGAACGGUAAUAACAAUGGUACUACUUCCCAAAACAUCAGGUUUCAUUUUCUUGCCAUGGUAACCAAAAGGACACAAUUAGAGGGAUUUGUCAAGGCUUCUCCUUAACUUGGGAACAGACAUAAUAGAAGCUUUUAAUAGGUCAAUAUUGAGGUAUGGUCCAAUUAAGCUGAAAAAUUAUACAUGUAAUGGCAAAAUUGGCUGACAUACUAUUUUCCAAAACAUCGGUCCUCCCAUUAUUGCCAUGGUAACUUAAAGAAGACUUCCUGAGGAUAAAUUGGCUUCGUAGAAUUUGUGCCCAACUAGUUGGGAUAGCUCCGCUCAUUUACAGGUCUGAUUGGUUUGUGAAUGCAUUUAUAAAGACAUUUUUUUAUAGAACUUUGACAGUUCAUAUCAUAAAGAUUAACUCGUUAGAAUAAGAUAACCCAAUGUUUUUGGUUGAAGUUUAUGGACAGCUUCUGUAUGGAAAAUCAUCUUUGCAUCGUUCAAAAUCAGUGCUACACCUGUAUUGAAUCACCAAGAAAAUAUUUCCAUGUUUGUUUAUAGUAACAGAAGAAAUUCCUAUAUGGUUAGCUCAAUAUGUGACUGAUGUUCUUGCUGGUGCGGGUAUACCAUCAAAGGUUGUUCCAAGAGUAAUUUAGCUGAAAAAACACUCAUAAUGGAUGAAAUCUCUCAGACUUCACUUAUAAAGGACAUAGAUAUGGGAAGCAAUGCUACCUGUCUGUGGUGUUCCAAUCCUCGCCCAGCAAACAUAGAUACAUCUCUUGGGAUUUGAUGUUUGUGGUUGAAUGUACUUUUUACUUUGUUUCUAAAUCUCGUAGAAUUUCAUUUAUUCAUAAUUGGUUUAAUAAUUAUGAGUUACUAUCCUCUUGACUUUCCUUUGUGCAAAAAAAUUAAAAAGAUAAUUUUGAAGGGGUGGCAUUAGAAGAGGGGAAAUUGUGUAUAUACGAAUAUAAGUUAAUACAAUAAUCAUUAUCAUAAUGAAUAGAUUUUAUUAUAUUUAAUUGAGUGAGGUUGUGGUGAAAUAAGUGUGAAAUUCUUGUCAAAAAUAAUAUUUGCAUGAUAAAAUUAUCUUGAUUUGUGUUUGCGGUGUAAGUAUAUUUGUACUUUAAGUCGUAUAUUGGUGUAUACUUCGCUUUCAGCAUGUAGAUAUUGUGUUUUCUGUUGUUGAUAGAUUUUUUUCUUUAUUUAUAAGUUUAUAAAUUUGCUUUAGUUAUUUAUAGUUAUAUCAACAUUUAUUUUGAUAGAAGCUGUGUAAACAUAUCUGAAAAGGACAGAGUUGAUGACUAUAAAUGUGUGUUAUAUACAGAUAGUACAUUGCACUACAGGAUCAGACUAUGGUGUGAACAUUCAGUUCAGGUCUUCAAUUAUUUCAAUAAGUUUAAUCACACUAUUAGAAAAUUUUGAAUACAAAUCAUUUGAAACAGAUGCUGUAAUCGUAUUCAUAUUGGUGUUAAUCACUUUCUAUCACUUUAAGCUUUUUUUUUCAUUUAAAAUUGUCGAUACACAAUAAAAAUUAAUAUUCCAUUUCCAGUUAGUGAGUUUAAUAUUCAGAAACAUUGUCCUUUUCAAUUCUACUGUGUAUUUCAUUGUGGUUUAAUUACAUUGUAUUAUUGUCUUGAUUACACUGUAUUAUUGUCUAAUUACACUGUAUCAUUGUCUAAUUACACUAUAUCAUUGUCUUAUUAUACUGUAUUGUUGUCAAAUUACACUGUAUCAUUGCCAGUACAAUUAUCCUUGGUAUCAAUGUCAAAUUAUAGUUACACUGUAUUAUUUAAUUACACUGUAUCUUUGCCAGUACAAUAACCUUUGCUGUUGGCAUCCACUUACAACCAACACAAGUCUAAUUACAUUGUAUUAUUGUCUAAUUACACUGUAUUAUUGUCUCAUUGUGCUGUAUCUUUGUAAGAACAAUUACCCUUGGUGUCAAUGGCCAAAAUAUGAUAUUAGUCUAAUUACUCUGUGUUAUUUGUCUGGUUACACUGUGUUGUCAUCUAAUUACACUGUAUCACAGUCUAAUUACACUGUAUCAUUAUUUAAUUACACUCUAUUAUUGUUUGAUUACACAGUAUCAUUAUCAGCACGAGGUACACUUUAUCAUUGUCAGUUCAAGGAACAAAGUGUCACUGUCCAAUUACAAUGUUAUAGUCCAAAUAAUUACACUGUAUCGUCACAUUGUGCUGUAUUGUUGUCUGUACAAUUACCCUUGGUAUCAGUGGCCAAUUUGAUGACAUUGCAUCGUUAAUAAAUUACUGGUAGUGCCAAACUAAUUACAAUGUAACAGUUGAAUUACAUUGUCGCUGCAGUUACCAUUUGAUUGACAUUAUUUCAUUAUAUCAACUAAGUUAUUGUAAUUACAUCAUAAUGAGUGUAAUGACAAUAUAUGAACCAUGCCACUGUAAUUACAUUAUAAAAAGUGUGAUUGACAAUGCCACUGUAAUUACAUUAUAAAAAGUGUGAUUGACAAUGUCAGUGUAAUUACUCUUAUGUACCAAUGUUUAUGUGUUUUUGUGUCACAGUAAUUAUACUAUCAAUGUUUAAUUAAGCUAUGUGGGUAUUACUAUCGGUUUAAUAGAAAAUUAGUUGCAUGUUGGUGAUGAUGAUGUCAAUUGUUUCAGGUAAUUAGUCCAUAUCAUCUUGUUAUGUUUAGAAUAUCGCUUCAUGGCAAUAUGCUGAUAGGAUAUCAAGAGGUAAACAUACAGUUUAAUUUCUAUAUAUUGUUUUCAAGAAUGAUUUGUAUAUAUUUGUUUACAAAUGAAAAGACCAAAUAAUUCAUAAUGCUCAUUUCUCGAUAUGAAGGAAGAUUUAUUGUUUAUUUCUGUUCCAGUGCCUGUAAUCGAUAUUAGCAGGUUACACUAAGAAACCCUUAUUUUCACACAUCAUAAUUAAAAUACAAGUAAUUUUCUAUAGUUUUAUGUGGCUAGUGUAGGUAAAUAUUUAGCUAGUUUAUAGAUCCUCUAUGGAAUGUUGCCUUAUAUACUGUAUUUUACUUUAAAUCUAUAAUUUAUGAUUAGUAAUAAUUGGAGUUUCAAUUAUUAUUCUGAUCAGUUUUCAAAGUUCGUAGGAUGUUAUAUUUCUUGGUUUCAUAUACACAAAACAUGCAUAAGCUUUUGUGUGGUAUAGUUUAUUCUACCAAUCUUUUUCCUUUAUGAAAUGAAUCUGUGUGUUAUAAUUGGUAAAAUACAGCAUGAAAGAUCAAAAUUGUGUAAACAACAUAAUUUUGUCAUAUAUACAAGUUUUUGUUGUGUACAUGAUGUAAGCUUUUGUGGUCCUAAAUGACAUUACACAAUGUGUGAUGUACACAGUAUAAGCCUUAGUAGACCUAUAUAUGACAUAAUAAACCAGUGUGCCUUAACAAUAUAUAUAUAUGUGUACAUCUUGGUCCUAGCAGACUGGUGUAAGUUGUUCCAUAUGUGCCAAAAUCAGUUGUACAUAAUUUUUUACCCCAGUUUGGCAGUUUGAUUUGCGUGCAAUACUACAGUAUUCCAUACUACGGUGCUAGUAUUAAACGUUUGAGCGUUGUGAGUUUUCCCAUUUUAUUUAGCAUGCAGAUGUAUGAAAAGUUGUAUGCAAGAACAAAUUAGUGUGCAUUUAUCUCUAUUUUUUGUUUGUUUUAUAUAUUCAGUAUCUUCAUUUGUAAUUUACCAGCUCUUCAUUAAAAUUACUUUUUUGUGAAA